UCCACACAUUAGUUACCUAUUUACACUUCAUAUAAUCUUUACGGUAGUACUAUAACUUCUUGAUCUGUGUAUUAUAAAUACCAUUACUCUCUUCACCCCUCCCUCAUCGCCUGUUCCUCCUCUUCCGGUUCCUGCAUCAGCAUAUUCACCUCCAACUGGUAUCAAGAAGACAUGGGAAGCCAAUCAUACGAAGACGCCAUCGAAGCUCUCAAGAAGCUUAUCAUUGAGAAGGAUGACCUGAAGACGGUGGCUGCGGCCAAGGUGGAGAAGCUCACAGCGGAGCUUAAGACAAUCUCGUCAUCGGACGGCAAAGCAUUCGAUCCUGUGGAACGAAUUAAGCAAGGCUUCGUCACCUUCAAGAAGGAGAAAUACGAUACGAAUCCAGCUUUGUACGGUGAGCUUGCCAAAGGUCAAAGCCCAAAGUACAUGGUGUUUGCUUGUUCGGACUCACGUGUGUGCCCAUCACACGUGCUUAACUUCCAUCCUGGAGAUGCCUUCGUGGUUCGUAACAUUGCAAAUAUGGUUCCUCCUUAUGACCAGGUCAAAUAUGCAGGAGUUGGAGCCGCCAUUGAAUAUGCUGUCUUGCACCUUAAGGUCGAGAACAUUGUGAUAAUAGGUCACAGUGCAUGUGGUGGCAUCAAGGGACUUAUGUCAUUUGCUCUUGACGGAAACAACUCCACUGAUUUCAUAGAGGAUUGGGUAAAAAUCUGUUUGCCAGCAAAGUCAAAAGUUUUGGCAGAAGCUGAAAGUUCAGCAUUUGAAGACCAAUGUGGCCGAUGUGAAAGGGAGGCAGUGAAUGUGUCACUAGCAAACCUAUUAACAUACCCAUUUGUGAGGGAAGGAGUUGUCAAAGGAACACUUGCUUUGAAGGGAGGCUAUUAUGACUUUGUUAAGGGAGCUUUUGAGCUUUGGGAACUCCAGUUCGGCCUCUCUCCCGCUCAUCCAGUUUGAGCCAAUAUAUCAUAAUCAUCUUCACCGUCUUCAUCACCUUGCUCUCUACUCUUGAUCUCCCAUCUAAAUUAAUGGCUACUCGAAUAACUGCUUUUUAUUUGAGCUAAGCUUCAUUUUCUCAACUAUCUAUCCGACUUAUAAAAUGAAUAAAAAUAAAUUCUGAAUUCUAUAUAUAAGAAUUUAAUUAUAUGCUUA